AUGUCUCUGGCAAUGAUGGACCCUGGAUUAGGUUUGCCGGGACUGGAGACCUUCACAGCGGAGGUUUGUAACCAGACUCAUCCAAAUGCUGCGGACUCCCCAGCAGCCACGGGACUUAUUGAACCUUCACCAUAUGGCCCCGCAAACGAGGCGACCAAUACAAAGUGUCUUCGCAUCGGUAAAUCUCUUCGUUGCGGACAGGCUUCAUGUGGAUACAAUUUGCUCGCUGCAUUGGCGUCGAUAGCAGCACUUAUAACAAUAUUGUAUGCAUGCUUUCGCGUCUACAACAGGGCGAAGGGGCGGCGAACGCAGCGCCGUCGUCUUUCCGACACAGACACCGAUGAUUCGGAUUCGGACAGACUUAUCGUUAGCCUCUGCGAGAACUCUUCCGAUGAAGAUGAGCUGGAGGCCCCUGAAAGUCCUACUGAGACAUAUGUACCGGCAAGUAAAAGACCACGGAUGGAUAGAGCGCAGGAGUUGGGACAUACAACUGGUAGACCUCAGCAGCAACAAACGGCUAUCCGCGUGAGUGUGAUCAAGUUUCAGCCCAAAAGUCAAGGCCAGAGCGAACCACAACCAAGUUCGCCACCACACACUUCGGCCACAGCUUCACUCUCAGCACCCGUGCAGACGGGAAUGCAUCAGCAAGCAGUUGGCGGUCCAUGGGGGCUGGCUUUGGAGCAGGAAGCUGCUUUAGGUCAUGGCGAAGGUGCGAGGCAGCAGGCUAUUGGCCAGAGGGAGGCCAGUAUAGCAGUUGAGUCACUUGGUGGUCCAUGGGGGCCAGCUUUGCAGCAGGAAGCUGCUUUAGGUCGCGGCGAAGGUGCGAGGCCGGCUGCUCGUCAUCCAGUGACCGAGCCAGUGGGACAAGGAAAUAUGCAGCGUCACAUUUCCCUUUUCGAUGCUCAGUCCGGUUUCCCGAUCAUUUUUUCCCCAUGUGCUGGCACAUCCGAUUCUGACAGUGAUGAAAGGAGCAGCACAGCAACCACUCAGAGUGCGCCUAUUCUCGCAUCUCUACUGGCCCCCUCACCUAAAGAAGAAGACUAUCUUUCACACCCAUUUGCCCGGCUGCCAGUCGUGCGCGGCCGUCGGGGUCCUUAUUAUGUAGACUUUGAAGGGGCAUUGUUCGCUGAAAAUGUUACUCAAAACCCCUUGCCAUUGUUGCGCUUGGUACACGGCCUGCUGAGUCAACAAGAAAUUGCCGGGGAACAGCUCGAGUUCCUAGCGACAUUGGGAAGUAAGCUGGCGGCCCACGCCACGAAGUUACAUAGGCUGGGACUGAGGUACGCUACGCCAUCCCGUGCGUGCGAGAGAUUGGGGACCCGCUUCUUGGUUCUCGAUGCAGUUGUAUCCACUGCUAUAGUGCUGGAACAGAAGGUCUCUCUACAAUUGUGGAGAAGAUUUGUUUCAACUAUAAGCCACGAAUACCCCAAGCCCCCUGCAUCGAUGACAAACAGAGGACGGAGGUUCUUUCUUGCGAACUUCGCUGUGCUUCUAAGUAAUGCGGUGAAAACGCUAAAGAUGGGAUUUCGCCCUUCCGCUGAAGAACUUGUGCUUCUGAAGCGCAUGCUCUUCUGCGCACCGUACUCCCCUCCACGUUACAAAGCGGAAGGCUAUGACGCAUGGAGAUUUAGUGAGCUUGUGCAUCAGGGAUCAACAGGCACUCCUAGUGCACGAACGGCUGAGGCCUCAAGUGCAAAGUUCAGUGAAGCUUCUCGUGACGUCGCUCCAAAGCCUUAUCCUGGGACAUCUGCCAGACUCAUUCGUAGUGCUAGAGCUAAAGCGCCUUCUAGGAUCCGUCGUGAGACAUCUGGCUCCUUCGCAGGAAGCCCUGCAGGAAGCCCUGCAGAAUCAUCUAAACCUGCUGCAGCAUCUGCCCAACCCCCCCACGAAGCCAAUAUCGGCUUUUUAUAUCAAGUGCCUGCUCCGACCCAUAGUGGACCCUAUAGAGGGCCCUUCUCCGGCGUAUUUCCCGGAACUUCUGAUGGGAUGAGUCUGGAAUCACGUAGUGGAAGUGCGUUUCAUACAGUGAGGAGGCGCCGUGAAGGUGCUGAGGAGCCACAUCGCAUACCUUUAUCUGGAUCCUCCGCUAGAAAUGAAUCACAUUCUCCGAGGCCAGUUAGCUCCAUUGAGCACUUUCCUGGACCCUCGGCUAGUGGGAGCUAUUUGCCUCCUUUGGCCUCUGCCGAAACUUCCGCGGAAAUUUCAGGUCUACCCCUUUCGCCUUACCUUUUCCCUUUGCUGCACCUUUUGCUGGAUUACCUUCUGGAGCGUCUUCUGGACCAUCUGUUGGAAGGCCUCCCGAAGCGUCUCCUGGUCUUUUUGCGUUACCCGUUGUUGGUGGACAUGUUGGUGGACAUUUUCCAGUGCACCAACCUACUGGUCCCUUCACUGGACCGCCUGCUGCGCGCCUCACUGAACGAACUUUUGGAUCCGCUGUUGGGGCUCCUGUAUUUUAUGCUCAAGCGCCUAUGGACCCGUAUGUUAGGCCCGUUGCUGUGCCCGUCGGCCUCCCCAUUGGUGGGCAGCUUUCUGGCCAUGAAGCUUUGGGAAGUACGCAAACCAGAGUGUCUGUGGAUACUCAUGGUAGCUCUGAUGAUGGCGCUUCUGGAAGUACUGAAACUGCUCGUUUGCUUACUGAAGGAAGCACUCACAGUGACUUUGAUACCUCUUCGGGAAUGUCUGGUGGGGGAUUUGCUGGGGCCUCUAAAUCGCCGGCUUCGGACGAAUAAAGGCCCGCUCCUUUGCUUCCACCUCGCACCAAUACGUAAAAUGGAGCAUGCGCCAACAGUUGUAUUAAUUUCGUCAGGGCACCAGUAA